UACUGUUGUGUCGAAAUCAGCGGUCUGAAUGUUCUUUCUGAGUUUACCUAGCAGGUUGGUUGUUGUUGGUGGAAACAUGGCGUCCCAGUGCAACCUCUCUGCCUUAUUUCAUAUCCAAAGUGAACUGGAUUGCGCCCUAGAUGACGCUACGACACAACAAGAGAAAGAAAAUCUUGUCAUCGAGUAUUUGAAAAAGCUAGACGAGAGAGAGGAUCUGAAGAUACCCGAUUUCCAGACAGGCUUGGAAUGGCUGAACACGGAGGGGCCUCUGUCUUUGAACAAGGAGCUGGCUGGUAAAGUGGUGCUGCUGGACUUCUUUACUUACUGCUGCAUCAACUGCAUGCACAUCCUUCCUGACCUGCACCAGCUAGAGAAGAAGUACUCUGCUAAAGAUGGAUUGGUUGUUGUUGGUGUGCACUCAGCUAAAUUCCCCAAUGAAAAGGUCCUGGACAACGUCCGCAGCGCUGUGCUCCGCUAUGACAUCUGCCACCCAGUUGUGAAUGACAGCGAGGCACACCUCUGGCAUGAACUGGAGGUGUCCUGCUGGCCUACACUGGUCUUACUGGGCCCACGUGGCAACCUGCUCUUCUCCCUGGUGGGCGAAGGCCACCGCGACAGGCUGGUGCUUUUUACUGACAACGCCCUCCGUCACUACGGGGAGCAAGGUCUGCUGAAGACACACACAGUGGGGAUCAAGCUGUACCGAGACUCCCUGCCACCCAGCAUGCUGUCUUUUCCUGGGAAGGUGGCCGUAGACAGCAGCAAGAAAAGACUGGCCAUAGCAGACACUGGGCAUCACCGGAUUCUGGUGGUGUCGUCAACUGGACAGCUGUUACAUGUCAUAGGAGGGCCUAAAAGUGGGAGACAAGAUGGCGACUUGUCCCAAGCUUCCUUUAACUCACCUCAGGGUGUGGCCAUUAAAGGGGACACUGUAUACGUGGCCGACACAGAAAACCACCUGAUCCGAAAGAUCGACCUGUUGGAGGGAAGAGUCAGCACUCUAGCUGGAGUAGGUGCUCAAGGCACAGACAAAGAGGGUGGGGCCAUGGGACCUCAGCAGCCCAUCAGCUCCCCUUGGGAUGUGACUCUUGGCACUGCCGGCGGUGCUGAAGAUAACGUGCUGUGGAUAGCCAUGGCGGGGACCCACCAGAUCUGGGCUUUGUUCCUAGCAGAUGGGAAACUGCCCAAAGGAAGCGAGUCCAAGGCGGGGAUGUGUGUGCGAUGGGCAGGCAGUGGCAACGAGGAAAACAGAAACAACUCCUACCCCCAAAAGGCUGGCUUUGCUCAGCCUUCAGGCCUGGCUUUAGCCCCAGAGGAGCCCUGGGGCUGCCUGUAUGUGGCCGAUAGCGAAAGCAGCACCAUCCGCUCGCUGGCACUGAAGGACGGAGCCGUCAAGUUGCUGGUCGGGGGAGAGCGAGACCCACUGAACCUUUUUGCUUUCGGGGAUGUAGACGGGAAAGGGGUGGACGCCAAGCUGCAGCAUCCUCUCGGUGUUGCCUGGGCUCCUGAACAAAGCCUGCUCUAUGUAGCCGACUCCUACAACCACAAGAUCAAGGUGGUGGAUCCAAAGAUAAAGCAGUGUAGCACAUUAGCAGGGACUGGAGAGGCUGGAGAUACUCUGGGCACUGAAUUUAACAAAUCCUGCUUCAAUGAACCGGGAGGAAUCUGUGUUGGUGACAGCGGCAAAUUUCUCUAUGUGGCCGAUACCAACAAUCACCAAGUCAAAGUGUUGGACCUGUCCUCCAAGACUGUUUCACUGUUCCCCAUUUCCAUGGACUGCACAGACUCAGUACCUUCAAAGCCUUCAGGUCCUGCCAAGGCCCCCACACUGCCCAAAUCAACUGCCAGGAAAGAAAUGCCACCAGUGUCGGUGUCAGCAGGCCAGACUCUCGUCAUGUCGCUUACCCUUUCACUUCCAGAAGGAACCAAACUCACCGAGGAGGCCCCCAGCUGCUGGGCUCUCUCAGCUGAGGGUAACGAAUGGCUGCUAGAAAGUCAGGUGAUUACUGGUGACAUUGUGGAUCUGUCGAAGCCCCUCUCCAUGUCAGCCAAACUUCCAGCUGUUAUAAAGGAUUUAAACAACAAUCCAAGCCUCACUUUAGGUGUAUGGGUGUACUACUGUAUGGAAACAAGUAAAGCUUGUAUGAUGAAAGCAGCCUCCUUCACCCAGCCUCUUCAAAUAAGUGCCAAUCAUGGAGAUUCAGAAAUCACUGUGGCGUUUGCUCAUGCCUUCUAAAACCUUUUACCUGUCUUAGUCGCAAUAGUCACAGAAUCAACACUUUCUGUCAGUUUUACUUUGCAGCUCAGCUAACCCUCCAGCUCCUGUUUUGUUCAUACUUCUGGAAGAAGAAAACACUGAUUGUCUCUGACUGUCAUUUUGACAAAAAUGCAAUUCAUACAAACCUGAUUUUCAGGGGAAUUUCAUUUCAAACUACUCAGAAGACCCUUUUAAGAAUCAUAAUGCAUCAGUGCUUAAUACUCUUGACUGUGAGUGACAGUUAUUGAUAGGAAUGCAAAUAGUCACAUCCAGGCAUGUUAUAAAGGCUGCAGCAAAUACAACUGCAGCCUAAAAAUCUAUAUCUACAGUAUAUGAUUAUAUAUUUACAGUAUGCAACACAUUCCUACAAGAACAGGCUGUAUUGACUAACUGUAAGAAAGCUGACCACAUUAGUAAUGUUUCCACUCAAAGUUACCUUCUAAUUUAUAAAACACUUUCAUGGGACUAUAAAUUCAGAAAAAUGUUAUUUUGUGGAUUUAUUAAGAAACGUAUUAUUAUCUAAUUGGCAGGUGGUGAUGAUGGUGUCACGGUUGAUAGACAAACAGAUUUUCUAUCAUUUAGUGAUGUACUGGAGGAUUAAAAAUACUUUCAAAUAUUGAAAACAAAGUAAAAGCAGAAACCUUUGAUGAGCUUUAUAUUUUCACCUGAACCACCAGACGGAUGUGAAUUUUAAAGACUAGACUGUUUACAUUCAGAUGUUGUAAAUCACUUUUUCACCCACCAGAAGUAAUUAUUGAACAAUAUCUUUUUUUGAAAAAUAAGUGGAAGCCUUCUACGUGUGUUUGAAACUGUUUCUCACAAACAUUAAUGGAGCUUUUUCUUCCAGCCCCAUGAGAAAUUACAUCGUAGUAUUUUUUUCAGAGAUUAAUUCUGCCUUUGCUCACAUAACAUUGCUUUUAAAUGCUAAUAUCUAGUUAUAAAGAGGAAUAAACGGACAGAAGUUAAACUUACGUCUUGAGAGGUUGAUGAGAAGUUAUCUACCCACAUUUUUAUUAUCAAUAAUAUGUUAGAAACUCCAGAGUAUUAAAUCACAUCUUCACUUUCAGAUUUUAAAAAAAAAUAAUAUAUAUCCAUGUGUGUUUGCUUUAGUUUACAGCUUUCAUAAAUAUUUGUCUACAUAUGUUUCACCACCACAGGCCGAGCAGUCUUAAGUUGUUUACAAAGUUCACACUCACAGCUUAAAGCUUUGUUCUGUGUCUCCGCUCCCUGUAUGACUGAUUACACUUUUGAUUACGAUUAUUCACAACACAAGGAGCCCUUUUUGAGUUAGACCACAAAAUAUUGCUGUUAUCUGUAAUGAAUAAAGUGCCUGUUUUUGAUAAGGGGAGGCAUCCACUUAUAAACUGAUGACACCGAGUGACUUCUGCUUGUGCGCUCUGAGGGAUAAUAUAUUUACUUUUUUUUUUAUUAAAAUCUCUCUAACAAGCAUUAAUACGCUUCAUCUCUACUCCACAAAGGGAACAUAUGAAAAAUAUGCUCUAAUAAUGCAUUACUGUAAUACACUGUUCAUAUUGUUGUGUAACACACAGUAAUAUAUGUAUGUAUUAUUGUCAUUGGUUUUCAAAGUUAUGAGCUGUUGUCAGAAAUGGGUCUGAGAGUGUUUUGAUUAUCAUCGCUGUCAUUUCUCAAAACAUAAUUGUGCUUGUAAGACUGUUUUUAUUAGGUUUGGAUCGCUCAGCCCAAGAAGUGCCUCGCAAAAAGGGGUGUUACACCAUGGAUGGUGGGAAUGCAGUGACACUUAAACUGCAUCAAAAGCAAUAACAAUAUUUUUCUGUAAUGGGAGAAAUGUUUUAAUCCCAAGUUAUUUAUUUCAAAUGAACUGCUCAGCUUUGUUUUCCCUCUGACAUUUUCUAAUGAACAGUAAAGAGCUCGAGCUUGUGGGCAUUAAAUUCCUUGA